AAACAUUCAGCAGUUAGCACAACCGGUGUCCCUUGCUCCCUCUCCGUCUCUGCCUGCAGUGAAUCGCCCCAGACGUCUUUCAAGUUUCAAGGAGUCUGUAGUGUACCGUACACCUCUGAUUCUCUCUUUCCCCCUCUAACUUUACCCACCCUUUUAUCCAAGUUCUUGCAAAUCCUGAUGACCCAAACCACACAUUUUCUUUCUUCUAUCAGUGAAAGUUUUAGUCAUUUCCAUCAAAUCCCACUGAGUUGGCUCAUUGUCGACUCACCCAGUCCUUCGACUUCUUCUAUCAUAUUUUUGUUAGCAGAAAAGAAUCUUUCUGGAGUUAAGUUUUUCAUCUCAUUGAGGCAUUCAAUUUCAGAGUUCUCCUAGAAACCCUAAUUUCGUCGUUUUCACCCCCAAAGUUCAAAUCCCAUGUGCUCGAACUUUCUUCAAGCUCUUAUUUUGUUCCAAUUUUUCUAGUCGAGCUAACUAACUAACUAACUAACCCCCAUUGGCUAAUUGGGUUGUGUGUCAGAGGAUGUGAUGGUUGUCGUUUGAUGACAAUGGCGGCAGAAAGUAAAGGGUGUUUCGGCGGAGAGAAUGGAAGCGCGAGUGACUGUCAGGGUCGGCCUCCGAACCCUCCCUCCGCGGCGUAUCGGCCUUGCUUUAGUAACGAGCGCGUCGCAGUACCGUGCAACAAAUCACUCAUUCGCCACCCGUCUCUCAUGAAGACGAAGACCGCAGACGUCUCUGUUGAACCGGGGCUUGGCGUAGAGAAUCCUGAGUCUGAGUUCAUUCCAAUUGUGCGCUCUGGAGCGUGGGCCGACGUUGGGUUUCGUUCAAACAUGGAAGAUGUAUAUGUUUGUGUUGACAACUUUACGAGGGAUAUCACUGAUGGGCCCAGUGCCUUCUAUGGGGUGUUUGAUGGGCAUGGAGGAAAGCAUGCUGCUGACUUUGUCUGCUAUCAUUUGCCAAAGUUCAUUGUCGAGGAUGAAAACUUUCCAAGGGAUAUUGAGAAGGUUGUUGCUUCAGCAUUUUUGCAAACUGACACUGCCUUUGCAGAUGCUUGCUCUUUGGAUGCAACCCUUGCAUCUGGCACUACUGCUUUAACAGCUCUUGUGGUUGGAAGGUUGUUGGUGGUGGCGAAUGCUGGAGAUUGUCGAGCUGUGCUCUGCCGCCGUGGCAAAGCGAUUGAAAUGUCAAGGGAUCACAAACCAAUCUGUAGCAAAGAGAAGAAGCGAAUUGAGGCAUCUGGAGGUUAUGUUUAUGAUGGUUACCUUAACGGACAACUGAAUGUUGCUCGUGCUCUGGGAGAUUGGCACGUGGAAGGAAUGAAAGGUCAGGAUGGUGGUCCACUCAGUGCAGAGCCUGAGCUUAUGUCUACAAAACUGACGAAGGAGGAUGAAUUCCUCAUCAUAGGCUGUGAUGGGAUAUGGGAUGUAUUUAUGAGCCAAAAUGCUGUUGAUUUUGCUCGGCGCAGGCUUCAAGAGCACAAUGACCCGGCCUUGUGUAGUAAGGAUAUGGUGGAUGAGGCUUUGAAGAGGAAAAGUGGGGAUAAUUUAGCCGUUGUCGUGGUCUGCUUUCAAAGCCAGCCUCCCCCUAACUUGGUUGCCCCACGCCCCAGAGUGCACAGGAGCUUUUCUGCUGAAGGUUUGAGAGAGGUGCAAAGCUUCUUAGAUAGCUUGGCAAAUUAAUGGUGACGAACGCCCUUUUCAUUUGUUUUUAAAUCUUUUCAAUUUAAAAAUUUUGUUGUAGUUUUAGAUUGAUUGAGAGAGAAUUUUGAGUUCAAACUGUAACAUAUGCGGCAACAAGUCAAUUAACAUGAUUUGUUGUUUUCA